CACUGGUACGUACUCGCGUUAUCGUUAUCAGUUCCCCACAUGCCGCCUUUGCUCAUGGUUUUGAAGUUGUCGCAUCGGGAUUGCAGCUUUUAACUGUUACAUUUCGAAGCAUUAAGGUCCUCAAGUUUCCCAUCAUGGCAUCUGAUGCGGUGUUUGUACUGCCAGGCGAUAUCAUUGAUCCGUCUCUUAUUCCUUCACAUCCUAAGAAGCCUCUGCGGCUCGGUCCUGGCCUACGACAUGUGCCUCCCAACGACAUCGUUCCCACACUCGCUGGCCAACUUGUGACUGAUCGACAAAAGAAUGCAAUUCGUGUAGAGAAUGCUCGAGGAAAGUAUACCCCUCGCGUCGGUGAGCUCGUCAUCGGGACCGUCCAGCGCAGCGCCGCCGACUUAUUCUAUGUUACUCUCUCCGAUUAUACCGCGCCUGCUCUUCUACCACAACUUUCUUUCGAAGGCGCCACAAAGAAGACCCGUCCUCAACUUACCGCGGGUGCACUUGUGUACGCACGGAUUGCUCUCGCCAACCGCCACAUGGACCCAGAGAUUGAAUGCGUAUCUUCUUCAACAGGAAAAUCUGAGGGUCUAGGCCCUUUAACAGGCGGAAUGCUCUACACCGUGUCACUUGGAAUGGCUCGACGUCUGAUGAUGCCCAAGAGUGUGCAAGAAGGCCGGGUUGUGGUGCUGGAAGAGCUCGGUAACGCGGGUCUUCAAUUUGAGACAGCCACAGGACGCAAUGGCAAGUUCUGGGUUGAUAGUGAGAAUGUGAAAACGGUCAUUGCUGUUGGGAGGGCAGUACUAGAGACUGAUGAGAAGAGAUUGGAUGUGGAAGAACAGAAGAAACUUGUCAGGAAAAUCAUCAAAGACCUAAGCUAAAGGGGGCGAGCAUGUGGCAGAAACCAUGAUGCUCAAUAGCACUCUUUGUAUUGGAAUAGUUCGGUUGUACACUGUCGAAUUAAUAGAUACCCAAGAACGAACACGCCUGGCUCGUCCGUUGUCAGACGAAUGUGUCUUUUCCCAUGACCUAACGCCCAAAUAGUCCUAUAUGUCCUAACGUUGAUUUUUGUGCUGAAUCCUUGUCUUCUAAUACCCAAAUAUGCCAACUUUGAACGAGUGUAAGAAUCAAAUCGCUGUAAAUGAAAAAGGAAAGUAAACAGAGAGCCUAGCAAAGCGCUAAGGCUUGUCAGUCAGUGGCCGAUUCAGGUGGUACAUAGUACAGUGCAAGAUGCAGCGGGAGUAUCCCUAUCUACAGCAGCAAAUAAGAUGAUGUCGCAGGCAGAUGCCCUUAUGUGCCGCCCAUCUCCUGGUCGACUUCCACAGGUUCUGGGAGGUGUCUCUGAUCCAUGUUGUGAAUCUUUGUCAUAUGUCGUUUCCAGUUAUCCUUGCGAGGGAAUCCCUUUCCCCCUUGCCUUGAGUAGUCACAGCCUUGCACGGCGCAAUGAAACUUCUUCUUUCUCUCAUGUCGAUCAUUGACAUGCCGCUGCAGAUGGGUCUUGGUCCCGAAUCCCUUGCCACAGUUCGGGUAAGGGCAUUUGUGAUCUUUCGUAUGAUAUCGUUGAUGAUGCCUGUUGGGUUAAUGAGCGACUUCGAUCAGCCAGCGACGAUAAACUUACUUGAGCUUGUGUGGCUGGUCGAACACCUGGUUACAGCCAGGCUCAUCACAUGCGUGUGAACCAUUGCUCGGUGACGGAUUGCUUACAGCGUUUCCUGGUGACACGCUAUGUCGGUAGUCGGAAGAUGUACCAGAGUGAGGUGAAGGGGUAUCAAGCUGUGUCGCAGGUGUACUGAGCGAUGACGGGUUGGUGAAUGCCGGUCCAGGUAGGGGGGUAGACGCAUCGGAGGGAUAGCUUGGGUGUCGAACACUACUGUCAGGGAGAGGACUCAAGUGGUUGGUCGUUGGAAUCUCAGACAUAGAGAUAUCCUGAUGGUCAUCGGUCUCCUCCGUUUUAAACGCUAUUUGACUCUGGGUCGGUGUAGGAGAGUGAACUAUGGGCACAGGCUGAGGAUGAGGAUCACUAGGAGGUAGUGUUAAUGGCGAGGGUGAGUCCACAGGUCCUUCAUGCGUGGCAGGUCCUGCUGAGGGGGGCGGCUGGUUGGGUGAGGAUUGCGAUACAUAUAAUUGGUAGUCGUUCCUGUGCCAUACUUCGGUUUCUGUCGAUGCAGGCAUGAUAUCCAUGGGGUUCACGGUACCAGGAGCUGGAUGGCUAGGAGGGGAUUGGGACGCGUUGAAGUUGAAGGUGGUCGGUGGGGAAUCUGGGGGACUUUGCACAGCCCCCUUUGGCAGGGUAGAUGGCAAAGCAAUCGGGGAGCCCAAGGCUUGGGUAGAUGAAGGUACCGGCAAAGAAUCGGUAGCCGGAGCAGUCAUGUCAGUAGGAGACUCGGUCGGUCUUCCUGCUGUAGUAAUCCGUUGAAGACUUCCAUCCUGUGCUCUUGGCACGCUUUCGAGGUAUUCAGCCAGGGAUUGCGAUGUUGGUGAGUUAAGAGACUGAUCGCGCGUGCUCUUGCGACUAAACAUCUGUUUUAAAUUAUAUCUCAAGGAGCUCCCACGCGACCAUGAGCGUUCAGGUUGAGGUCGAGGUUCCUCAGUCGAAAACAUGCCAAAUGCCUCCGAAGGGACUGAUGGGCUAUAGUAGUCCGCACUGGUCCCAUUAAGAACAGCACGGGGUGCAUCACCAAUAGACUGCGGCAUGUACUCUUCAUGAUGAUUCUCGUCAGAGCCGAACGGCGCUGAGCGCGGUAUUGAGUCGUUGGCAGUUGGCUGAGCAUUUCCAAAGCCGUAAGAAGGUAAAUCAGUGUCGAUUCGGGGAACAUAGUCUGGUUGACCUUGUCCAUUGGUUUGCUGCAAAAAGCCAUCGUGGGCUGUCCAAUCCAAGUCUUUGACAGAUCCAUCAACUCCCCCACGCGUAUUUUCCCCUGAAGGUUUGAAAGAGUCUUGUGAGGACAGGCGGCGUUGAUUAUCGUCUAUCCCCGGGGCUCCAGUUGCUGGAACCUCGCCAGUCUCCGGGUCGUUCGUGUCGGGGGGGCCAUGAAGAGAUGUUUGUUUUCGGCGUCUGAUGCGGCGGAUGAUAAAGGGAUACGAGCAAAGAACAACAAGCGCAAUGCCCACGAUAACACCGACAACAACACCCGCAAUUCCUCCAUCGCUAAGCUGGCGUUUCAACACGACGCCUCUGGUUUCGAGAUUGCCCAUCGCAUGGCUCUUCCUCCCACUUAGACAUCGCAGAGUAUCCAUCGAAUUGGACCACACCGGGUUCGAGGAAUAAGUGGCGAAUGCGGAGGUAGCCAGCAGCAGCCGGCGAGAGCUGAUGGUAGCUGAGAAUUGGGACAGCUAAUCGAGUGGUGAUUCUUCUUGUCGUAUUGCUGGGUUAGGUUACUGGGGCGGGGUGGCCGGUAUAACACUGGAUGCUUGGGUCUUGGGAGGCCGCCGUCGCAGUCGCGCGAGACACAGCGAGCCUCGUGGAAGGCUUGUGCUUUGUUAAAAGGGUCCAGUCGAUGAAUCGGAAGAUAUGGUGGGGAUUAAGGGAUGAUCACUUUAGCUGUUGGAUAGUUAGUGUACUCAUGAUCGAUCGUUGUGAGAGACAGAUUCAUGCAUGAGUGAGAUGCAAUGACAUGACGGGAUUCCGGGGGUGGUCGUCAGCGGGCAAGCGCAAAGCAACGGCCCUC